AUGUCCUCCAUCCGCUUCAUCUGCCAGUGCUGCAGCCAGCCCCUGAAACCUUACCAGUCCACGGAGAUCCUGGGCCUCAGCACCACCCAACGAUUUGCAGUUUCAAUGCUCACCUCAGCUCAGGGGCAGCCAGCAGGAGAGGGGGUAGGCCGUACCUCCAGGGAGGAGACAGAUAUUGAAAAGCAACAGGAUGGUGCUUCUUGCAGACCGGAUGAAGGCUUGACUUCCAGGGAAAGUUCCAACAACUUCACCUUGCUUGGGGAGUUUGUCCCCAUGGGAUCCCUCAGCAGCAUCCAGAAGGUUGCUGGGGACAUUUUUGACAUCCUCACUGGCACAAAAGAGGUAGAUCAUCCCCUGUGUGAGGAAUGUACCAGCACUCUUUUAGAGCAGCUGGAUACCCAACUCACUAUCACAGAACAUGAUAAUCAGAACUACAGAGGCUCUUUGGAGACCGGGAAGCUGAUGAGUGAGUUUGCGAAGGACAUGCUGCAGAUGGAGCUGACGGGCCUGGAGCUGGAGGAAGCCAGGCUGGUCAAGGAGCUGGAGGAGCUAGAGAAGAAUGGUAAGAGAGCAACAGAAGAUCUCAGGGCAGCCCAGGUGGAGACGGAGGCACUGGACCAGCAGGAAAAGCAGAAUCAGAGGGUCUACAGUGAGCUUAAACAGCAAGAACUGGAUCUGCUUGAUGAGCUGACAAGUGUGGACAACAGGCUAAGGUAUGCCCAGACCCAACUGGAGUGGCUGCAGAAAACCAACGUCUUCAGCAUAACAUUUGAUAUCUGGCAAGAAGGCCCCUUGGGCGUCAUCAAUAACUUCAGGUUGGGCUGCCUCCCCACAGUCCCUGUGAGCUGGAAUGAGAUUAAUGCUGCUUGGGGACAGACAGCUUUGCUACUCCUUGCCCUGUCCAAUAAAAUUGGACUGGAGUUUCAGAGGUACCGGCUUGUCCCCUGUGGAAACCACUCCUAUCUGAGGUCGUUAACAGAUGACUCCAUUGAACUGCCAUUAUUCUGUUAUGGGGGGCAGAGUGUUUUCUUGGAUAAUAAAUUUGACUAUGCAAUGAUGGCAUUCCUGGACUGUAUGCAGCAGUUCAAGGAAGAGGCCGAGAAGGGUGAGUCGGGUCUCUGCCUGCCCUACAGGAUCAAUGUGAAGAAUGGCCUAAUGGAAGAUCCUGCAUCUGGCAGUGAAUACUAUUCCAUCAGAACCCUCCUGAACACAGAGGAGCAGUGGACAAAGGCUCUCAAGUUCAUGCUUGUAAAUCUGAAAUGGAGUCUUGCUUGGGUUUCCUUAAGGUAUUGUCAAAAAUGA